AUGUCUCAGAUCAUCGAAAACAGAGCUGCAUGGAUUUCUGAAAAAGGAGCAAGGCCUUUUAAGAUUGGGCCAGGACCUGCACCAAAUCCUGCAGAAAAUGAAGUCGUCAUUAAGGUUGCUUAUACAGCAAUGAAUCCAGUGGACGUGGUAAUGCAGGAAAAUGCGCCAUUGGAACUUCCGUAUCCCUUCGUACUCGGGGUGGAUUUAUCUGGUACGGUCGUUGCCCUAGGAUCGGGCGUGACACGAUUCCAAGUUGGUCAACGCGUGACUGGACACUGUGAUUCUCUUCUUACCAAGAAGAAAACCAAUUCUGCAUUUCAACUGUACGCAACAUGUCUUGAAGUUUUGGUCUGUCGUGUUCCGGAUUCAGUGCCUUUGGUCAAUGCUGCGGUGCUUCCUCUUGCGGUUGAUACUGCUUCAACUGGAUUGUUUUCCAUCCUCAAAAUGCCUUUCCCGGUAAUUAAUCCAAAACUAACGGGGCGUAAAAUCCUUAUUUGGGGUGGAAGUUCGUCAGUGGGUUCUUGUGCAAUUCAACUAGCAAUUGCAGCGGGCCUAGAAGUUGCUGCCACAGCCAGUUCGAAAAAUCACGAGUACGUGAAAAGUCUAGGAGCCCGACAUGUGUUUGAUUACAAUGAUCCGGACGUCAUCAAGGAUAUCACUGCUGUCUUACAGCCGGGAGAUCUUGUAUAUGAUUGUAUCGGAGGCGACCAGGUCCGUGCAACAUGUACAGAGAUUCUUCAACAAAUAGGAGGUGGAACACUUCCAACUGUCCGGUGGUUUAUGCCAACCGAGACCGGGGAUGUGAAACUGGAGUUUGUCAAUGGUCUUCUUCCUGGACUUGUUGAUACUAGCAUCGGCAAGGCAGUUUGGGGCAACUACAUUACCAAGGCUCUAGAAAUGGGAAAAUUCCAAGCUAAACCCGACCCAUAUGUCAUUGAGGGUGGACUUGAGAAGAUCCAGGAUGGGAUAGACAUGCUCAAAAAGGGAGUUUCUGCUCAGAAGAUUGUUGUGGAAAUUGCAAAGGCUGCUUAA